AUGCUUACUGCCGCUGGUUAUGCCGUCUUUAGAUGCCUUGACGCUUCUAAGUUCGAGCAUGUCCUUGAUCCGUCUUCCCUGUUCACGGACUCUGAAUUCAUGAAUCGCACCAUUCAGCUGGAGAAAUUUGUGAGAUUUGAACACAUCAAGGAUGCGCUUGCCGCCGCCAGUGAACUCAUCGAGGGCAGGAUUUCAAAAAAGCUGAACAAAGUUCUUAAAAAGCUUUAUGUUAAAGAAUUAAAUGAUGACAUUCUCGCGGUUGCUGACAAAAAACUCUCUCAGGAAAUUAAUGUACCCCUUGCAAAACUGCAAAUCCCCACUCUCUGCGAUUCUUCUGUCCACAACCUCAUGCGAGCCAUAAGAGCUCAUCUUCAUACUCUACUUCCUAAUGUCGACUCUACUGAUAUGGGUAAAAUGCGCCUUGGCCUAGCUCACAGUCUUGAUCGUUACAAACUAAAGUGUAAUCCAGAUAAGGUGGACACGAUGAUUGUUCAAGCAGUAGGUCUCUUAGAUGAACUUGAUAAAGAGUCAAAUAACUAUAUAAUGCGGGCUAAGGAGAUGUAUGGCUGGCACUUUCCGGAAUUAACAAGAAUUGUCGAAGAUAACCUCACCUACAUAAAUUUGGUUAAUAGGAUUGGGACGAGGGAAAAUGUAAAAAAAGUAGAUCUCUCAGAUUUGAUUGAUUCGGAAUUAAUCUCGCAUAUAAAGGAUGCGGCUAUUGUCUCCCUCGGUACUGAGAUAACUUCGGCUGAUGUGCAAAUGAUACGUAGUUUGUGCGAUCAAGUUUGUGAGGUAGAGGAUUCACGGAAAAAUCUUCAGGAUUAUUUGGUAAAACGGAUGGUUGCUGUCGCGCCUAACCUCACGGCAAUGGUCGGCGAAAUUCUUGGUGCUCGGCUUAUCGCACGAGCUGGCACAUUGGUCAAUCUAGCUAAGCACCCCGCUUCUACUGUACAAAUUAUGGGUGCCGAAAAGGCCUUAUUCCGUGCCCUGAAGAAUCGGCAUAACACUCCCAAAUACGGAAUAUUGUAUCACGCUAGUUUGGUCUCCCAGGCUGAUACUCAAUUUAAGGGGAAAAUAUCUCGUAUGCUUGCUGCAAAAGCCGCUUUAUCUAUUCGGCUUGACGCCUUUGGCGAAGAUGAUGCGGAUAAGUUAAUGGGCUCUCGUUCUCGAGCAUACCUAGAAGAGCGCUUGAGGCAGUUAGAAUCAGGGACC